AUGAUGAAACUACAAAUAUCCAACGAACAAGAUAGGAAAGAAGCACAGAAUAGGGAAAGGAAGAGGCAAUGCGAACUGGAAAGAAGAUCGAGGAUUUUUAAUGCUAGAAAUAGAAAAAUUGGUGUUGACCUGCCAUUCCUGGAGCGGCAGGUGGCUGAGAAACGUGCUGAGAGGGAAGAGCAGGAGCGAAAGAACCUAGCAUUCGCUCAGCAGAUGAUUAAAGACAGUAAUCUAGCUGUUGUGUUGGAAGCUCGAGAACAAGAGGAGCGACGUCGCAUCAAUGUAGAAAUAGACGAGUUUCGCCAAAAGUAUCAAAGGGCUGAAGACCGGCGAGAGUUUGACCUAAACAAUCCUGAUGUACUGAAGAUGCAGUUGCCACCAAGAGCAUCGGAUGGGGAACCGGUGGGCAUGUCCAGCGCACAGAAGUUCGAAGGUGAAGACUUGGAAUACGAGGAGCGCAAGAAGAUAAUGGCGGAGCAGAAGAACGCGUGGCUCGAGCAGCAGGUCCAGGAGAGGAAGGCCGCUGAGGAGGAGCGAAAGAAAGCGGAGGCGGCUUAUAUGAUGGCAAUCAAAGCAAGAGACGCCCGCGCCGGGGAAUUAGACAAAAUGGAGAGAGAGUGUCGAUACCGCCUUGGACAGGCUAAUCUCAGAUACAAUGAGGCCUUGGCAGCAGAGAAAAAGCAGUUGGAAAUAAUAAUGAAGGAGCAGGAAGAAGCCGACAACACAGCGGAAAUGUACAAUAACCUGACAUCAGACAUGCUCACUGAAAACCCUGAUGUGGCUAAGAGCGCGCUUGGCAAGAACAGAGCCAUCGGUUUCAUGUACAAAGGAAUGAAUCAAGAGGAAUUGAAGAAGUUUUACGCGGCACAAAAAGAGCAGAUGGCUGCGGCAAAGGCAAAACGUGAAGCGGAGGAAAAAAUGGAGGCAGAAUGGCAGGCGUUGGCGAAGUCUAUACAGCGUGAAGUCGCGCGCCAAGAUAUCGCAGACCAGAGAAAGAGAAGGGAAAUUGCUCGACAAUUAAUGGAAGAAAAUCAGCUCAUGGCGCUUCAACAGAAAGAAAAGGAGAAAUAUUACAAAGAAGUUGUCUACAACAACACACCGACGGACGAAUAUUAUUCUCAAUUUAAUACCACUACUAGAUAA